GCAGAAGACUCGUCAAAAAACUUGAUUUUUUCAUGAGAGAAAACCUUUCAACCAAAAUAGGGUCAAGACUGGCCUAGAGAGAGAAGGAGAGAGCUUUUGGUCCAGUUGGAGACAACGUGCUCCAAAUACUAAAUAUAUACCAACUUUUCAGGGGACAACAAAAAUAUAAGGGAAACAAAAUUAAAAGGAAAUUUUAUUUAUUUUUUUAAUUUUUUUUUAUAUAUAUAUUUUUUCAUUUUCGCACUUAUUAUUCUCAGAACCAGCGACUGCUGGCGUUUCUUUCCACGGACUCGAUUCACUACUUUCACAGAAAAUCUCGGUACCUUUUCCCUGAAAUUUCUCUGGGAAAGAAGUGGUGGCGCAAUGAACUUUGAAGGGCUUUAGCUAUUUUUCAGUUUCAGGCAGGCAUUUUCAAGGAAAAGAUUGGAAGAUUAUAUGGGUAUAAAAACUGAUUUGUCAGAAAGUUCAGGCAGUUUUCCCGCUGCCCAGCUUUUACCAUUUUUAGUCGUUUUAUACAGUGUAAUGGGAAGAGGGAAUAUAGUUUUUUCAUAGCUUUCUUGGGUUUUAAGAUGGGAUUAGACGUGGUUUCUAGUGCUUCAUCAGUUUCGGCUUCAGAAGCUCUGACUCAAACAACAGAGGUCAUUUUUGAGAUGUUAGCUGCUGUCAACAACGUCCUGAUCAAGAAGGAUAGUUUCAAGGAACUUGCAGCUUUUUUAGAAAGGAUAAUCCCUGUUUUAAGAGAGCUGAAAAAGAAAAAUUUUGAUCAUUCUGAAAGCUUAAAUAAUGCUAUUGAGAUUCUCAACCGAGAAAUUAGAGCUGCUAACCAAUUGAUGUUAGAGUGCAGCAAGAGAAACAAAGUGUAUCUCUUAAUGAAUUGCCGGAUGAUAGUUAAGAACCUUGAGGACACUACAAGAGAGAUCAGUCGGGCUUUAAGCCUUCUUCCUUUGGCUUCACUGGAUCUUUCCUCUGGAAUUGUUGAAGAAAUUGAAAAACUUUGCGACACUAUGAGAAGAGCUGAGUUUAAGGCAGCAACAGCGGAAGAAGAAAUUUUGGAGAAAAUUGAGUCUGGAAUACAGGAAAGGAAUGUUGACCGUUCUUAUGCCAAUAAUUUGGUGGUUCUUAUAGCAGAGGCUGUUGGAAUCUCAACCGAGAGGUUGGCAAUAAGGAAGGAAUUUGAAGAAUUCAAGAAUGAGAUAGAAAGUGCUCGGCUGAGGAAAGACCAAGCUGAAGCUAUACAGAUGGACCAGAUAAUUGCUUUGUUAGAAAGGUCUGAUGCAGCUUCAUCUUCAAAGGAUAAGGAAAUCAAGUAUUUCACUAAGCGGAAGUCCUUGGGCAGUCAUCUAUUGGAACCACUCCAGUCAUUUUAUUGUCCAAUCACCAGGGAUGUUAUGGUAGACCCUGUGGAAACUUCUUCAGGACAGACAUUUGAGAGAAAUGCCAUAGAGAAGUGGUUUGCAGAUGGCAACAAACUAUGUCCCCUAACCAUGACCUCUUUAGACACAUCAAUUCUACGACCUAACAAAACUCUUCGUCAAUCGAUAGAAGAAUGGAAGGAUAGAAACACCAUGAUUAUGAUUGCUUCCAUGAAAGAAAAACUCAAGUCUGAAGAAGAGGAAGAAGUGCUUAAAAACUUGGGAGAGGUACAGUCUCUUUGUGAACAAAGAGACUUGCACAGGGAAUGGGUCAUAUUGGAGAACUACAUACCCAUUCUUAUUCAACUUCUUGGUGCAAAAAGUCGUGAUAUAAGGAAAGCUGUUCUUAUCAUCCUUUGUAUUUUGUCCAAGGACAGUGAUGAUGCUAAGGAAAGAAUCAUAAAUAUUGAGAAUGCAAUUGAAUCGAUUGUUCGAUCCCUUGGACGUCGUCUUGAGGAAAGGAAGUUAGCGGUGGCGUUGUUAUUGGAAUUAUCAAAAGCUGAUUUUGUAAAAGACCACAUUGGGAAGGUUCAAGGUUGCAUACUACUAUUGGUGACCAUGUCCAAUGGUGAUGAUGAUCAAGCUGCCAGAGAUGCACAGGAGCUAUUGGAGAAUUUGUCAUUCUCAGAUCAGAAUGUCAUACAAAUGGCAAAGGCCAACUAUUUUACAUAUUUGUUGCAACGUCUCUCUACAGGAUCUGAUGACGUCAAAAAGAUCAUGGCAACAAAUUUAGCAGAGAUGGAGUUGACUGACCAUAACAAGGAGUCUUUGCUUGAAGGAGGUGUACUGGGCCCUCUUCUUGACAUGGUCUCAUGUGAUCAAAUUCAAAUGAAAGAGGUGGCUGUUAGAGCUCUUCGAAACCUCUCAAGCUUGCCAAAAAAUGGUCUACAGAUGAUUAGAGAAGGUGCAGUCCGUCCAUUAAUUGAUCUUCUUUCCCAUCACAAUUCAACCUACUCAAGUUUUCGUGAACAUGUAGCGGCCACAAUUAUGCACCUAGCUGUUUCAACUGUGUCUCAAGAAUCUGGCCAGACUCCUAUUAUAUUCUUGGAAUCUGAUGAAGAUAUUUUCAAGCUUUUCUCUCUAAUUAACUUGACGGGGCCUAAUGUACAACAAAGCAUUAUCCAGACCUUCCACGCCUUGUGUCAAUCCCAAUCUAGUACCAACAUCAAGAUGAAAUUAACACAGUGUUCAGCUGUGCCAAUAUUGGUUAAACUUUGUGAGCAUAAUAUCCCAAAUGUUCGAGCAAAUGCUGUAAAGCUAUUUUGCUGCUUAGUUGAUGGGGGAGAUGAAGCCACCAUCAUGGAGAAUGUGGAUCAAAAGUUCAUCGAGGUUAUACUUGCGAUCAUGAGGUCUUCUGAUGAUGAAGAAGAAAUUGCUUCUGCAAUGGGCAUUAUCUCCAACCUUCCGGAAAUUCACCAGAUUACGCAGUGGCUUUUGAAUGCUGGUGCACUUCAAGUCAUCUUCAAUUUUCUCCAUAAUAACAGACAGAAUGGUUCAUGUAAUAAUUGGUUGGUAGAGAAUGCUGUUGGAGCCAUCCAUCGUUUCACUGCUCCAACAGAAUUGGAAUGGCAGAGGAGUGCGGCUGAAGUGGGCUUCAUACCCAUAUUGGUAAAAUUGCUAGAAACUGGAACCAUAUUGACCAAGCAACGUGCUGCCUUAUGUCUUACUCGUUUUUCAGAGUCUUCAUCAGGACUUAGUAGACCCAUGCCAAACCGUAGAAGGAUGUGGUGCUUUUCAGCUCCACCAGAAAUUGGAUGCCUGGUUCAUGGAGGAAUUUGCACUGUCGUUUCAUCAUUUUGCCUUGUAGAGGCUGAUGCAGUGCACCCACUAGUACGAAUUCUUGGGGAGGCUGAUCCUCUAGCUUGUGAGGCUGCUUUAGAUACACUAUUAACUUUAAUUAAAGAUGAGAAACUCCAAAACGGUAGUAAAGUGCUUGCAAAUGCAAAUGCUAUACCAUCUAUUAUAAGAUUUCUUGGUUCUCCUUACCCUCCACUGCAGGAAAAGGCACUAAAUGCCUUGGAAAGGAUAUUUCGGCUGCUGGAGUUCAAACAGAUGUAUGGAGCUUCAGCUCAGAUGCCUUUAGUUGACUUGACUCAGCGAGGAAGUGGUAGUGUGAAAUCUCUGGCAGCAAGAAUACUUGCUCAUUUGAAUGUGCUUCAUGAUCAGUCUUCCUAUUUCUGAAAAACCCUUCAUGGUUUCAAUCUCAUUAUCGAGGAGUUGAUGGUGGAAAAGAAAGUACAAAAAAAGAUGCACGAAGGCGGAUGUUUCCUGGUAUUGAAACCUUGCAUUUUUAGGGAAAGACUAGGGAUACUCAUUCACAUGAAAGAGGGAUCUAGAUUGAUUUUCUUAUUAAUAUUGGGAUGGUCUGAUUCUUAGCAAGCAGUUUUCAUCUGUCUUCAUUUGGGAGUAACAGCAUCACAGAUUCGAAAGGGGACCUAAUUUUGAUUUGUGCUUUUGCCUUUGUAGAUACUGUCAUUGGACAGGUAAGAAACUAAUUGUGGGUCAUAUUAAAGAUGCCACAUGUUGUAUUCUGUCUGUACAUUUGCAGCUUGAUUUAUUUUUUUGGUAAAGGAAGAAAAAGAAAAUAAUGGAAAAAGAAGAAAUCAGUGUAAGGCUCCAUUAGUUGACUGGUUCGCAAAAAUUAGCUCAUUGUUUUAUAGAAUUCUAUUCUUUGCUAUGUUAGAUGCUGUUUAUCUGUAUAUGAGGAAAGAGAGUUUCGAAUUUCACUGCAAAUUUCUCAUCUUAUUUUGUUGGCUUUUUAAGCUGAAAAUACAUUUAAGUGAAGAAUUAUUUAUUGUA